GAGUGUUUGACCACUUAUUCUCAAAUCCAAAAACCUAAACAACGAAUAGUGCUGCGGUUUGAUCUGGGUCUCUCUCUCUUGGGCUUUUCAGGCUUACACAGAAAUCCUCAACAAGGUAUUGAUGAUGACACUGGAAGGAGUGGCCCUAAAACUGCCACCAUAUUCAUUCCCGUUGAUAAGAAGCCCUCGAACCUUCCGACGCUAUCUCGUAUCAGCUUCAACUGCUGCAGCUCCACCCGCAUCCCUUUCACUUGGCCACUUGACCCGACCCGAUUUCCCUAUCCUUCACCAGGAAGUAUAUGGAUCUAGACUUGUUUACUUGGACAAUGCUGCAACUUCCCAGAAACCUAUCACCGUAUUAAAGGCUUUGCAGGAGUACUAUCAAGGAUACAAUUCAAACGUGCAUCGUGGGAUUCAUUUCUUAAGUUCAAAGGCAACAAUGGAAUAUGAAUUGGCCAGAAAGAAGAUUUCGGAAUUUAUCAAUGCAUCAGAUUCUCAAGAAAUUGUAUUUACUAGGAAUGCUACUGAAGCCAUCAAUCUGGUUGCUCACUCGUGGGGACUCCAAAAUAUAAAAUCAGAUGAUGAGAUCCUACUCACAGUUGCCGAACAUCACAGUGCUAUUGUUCCUUGGCAACUCGUUGCUCAAAAGACCAGUGCCAUUUUGAAAUUUGUGGAACUAAAUGAAGAUGGAGUUCCAGAUGUUGAAAAAUUAAAAGAUAUGCUUUCGAGAAAGACAAAACUUGUAGUUGUUCAUCAUGUCUCAAAUGUUCUAGGUUCUGUUCUUCCUAUUGAAGAUAUCACAUGUUGUGCUCAUGAUGUUGGGGCAAAAGUUCUUGUAGAUGCUUGUCAGAGUGUUCCACACAUGGUGGUUGAUGGAUUUUGGUAUAUAUUCGAGGCUGGAACACCAGCAAUUGGGGAAGCAAUUGGGCUGGGAGCAGCUGUUGAUUAUUUGUCUGGAAUUGGUAUGCAAAAGAUACACGAGUAUGAGAUAGAGCUGGCCAAAUAUUUGUAUGAUAGUCUUUGUACAAUACCCAACAUUCACAUUUAUGGUCCAGUGCCUUCAGAAAAUAACCACCGCGCUGCUCUUUGUUCUUUCAAUGUUGAGAAUAUACACCCUACAGAUUUGGCAACUCUUCUUGACCAAGAGCAUGGAGUGGCAAUCAGAUCAGGUCACCAUUGCGCCCAACCCCUUCAUCGACAUUUAGGAGUCGGUUCAAGUGCACGUGCGAGUCUCUACUUCUACAACACUAGAGAGGAUGUUGAUGACUUUAUCCAUGCCCUAAAUGACACAGUCAGAUUCUUUAAUUCUUUCAAGUAGUCUUGUAGUCAAUCUUCAAUUCUCAGGUGAUUGUAAAUUUUGUACGAGUUUAAGUUAUUUGAGAAUUAUUACUCUUAGCUUACCUAGCUCGGAUACGUGGA